AUGUCAAGUCCCGAAAAGUUUUAUUAUCAACCAAGUAUUGAAGCAAACAAACAAAAAUUACAACAUAUCCAUGAUGUGGCCUCAUUAGCAUUAGGAGUUGGGUCAGGGAUAUUAACUCUAGAGUCAUUAAAUGGAUUCAUAUUUUAUUUAGUUGGUAUUACAGCAACUAAUUUGUUGUUUUAUAUAAUAUGUGGUGAAAGUAAACCAAGUAAAUAUUUCAAAAGUCCCAUACAAGAAGUUUUUCUCAAUGGAAUUUUCAGUAAUCUUUCUGGGUUUAUCAUGAUGUGGUGUUUGGUUUAUGCUUUGGUUAAAUCGAGUUUAUAG